CGCAACUUUUUUUCCUCGGGCAAAGUGAAAUCCAGCCGCGGACUCGGCCAAAAAUCUAGUCCCCCUGAUUUCUAUUCGAAAUAAGCGAAAGAAAAAACGGGCCGACGAAACCGAGCUCAAGCGUCUUCAAGCUGUCGCUAGUGGAGUAUUUGUGAGCGGGAGGCGCCGUGUCUGCGCCGCGUUUGGACCACUUUGUGUAGUGGCUGGGAAGUGAGCGAUGAGUCUUGUUGCCCAGUAAAGAAGAAGAAGAGAGAACUUGCUUUGGGCAGAGACAGGAGUUUCUUCUUGCCCAUCGCUCAUGUGGCUUUUUUAACACCAAAAAGAACCCCACAGCUCGGUGUACGGAACUUCUCAACGCAUCGAAAGUGGAAGAAAAGUGAUUUGAAAGUCGGAACAUGGAACUACAAGGCCUUCAAGAGGCGCUGAAAGUGGAAAUCCAAUGUCAUCAGGACGGAGAGCUUAAGAAACAACUUCACGAAAGGCAGAGCAGAGUAACAGCCCUAAGCGAAAAACAAAAGCUAGCUGUAAGAAGUUGUCCUGUGGGGACGCCGGCCAAGCCGAUCUCCCUCAUCAAACCCCCCAGCCAGAGCAUCGCCAUCUCUGUGGUGCCAGCCAAGGCACCUGUUUCCAUGGUGACCGCACACAUUAACGGACAAAAGGCGGCAAACUCGGACGCGCUGCAGACGUCCCCCAUCAACCUGCAAACGGCCAACCGAACGCACAGGCCAGGGGAGCUGUGCCACUCACAGAUGCUGGGAACACUCACGGCAGUGCCCAUCAAGGUGCCUCAGGUCAGCUCUCUGCAUCGGCUGGCAGGGCAUUCGCCCACUGUGCUACCUCAGGUUAGGCCAAAGACUCUGAUUCCGGACAGCCUUCCCCACAGCCCGUGCCAGGAGCAGCAGUCCAACCAGCCACUGAGUCUGUCACGCGGUACUGCUGUGGUCAGCCCCAAAAGCCAGGGACUCGGUACCUUCAGCUCAGACAGGAUGUCCAGCGGCCAGAGUGAAAUCACGCCACCUCCCCUGCCCAUGCCCAGUGUCUCCACAGCCAGCCCCGGUGUCGCGUACGCCAUCAUAUCCGCCACCUCGCCUGCAGCAAACGGAAUGGCAGCCAUGAGCGAGGCAGUGAAAGUGCAACCGCUGAUCUUCAGCCCAGACAGCAAGGUAAUAAUAAUCCAGCCACAGAUCCCGAGCAGCUCUCAGGGUUCUCCAGGCCCCCAGGCUAAGAUCCCCUCUCAGGAGCCCAGUCCUGCCCCCUCCCCCCCACACAAGCUCAAUAAAAAGGAGGAAGACCCAGAGAAAAUUGCGUUCAUGGUAUCGCUCGGCCUAGUCACCACAGAGCACUUGGAAGAAAUCCAGACCAAAAGACAGGAGAGGAAGAGAAGAAGUACAGCUAACCCUGCAUACAGCCUGUUUGAUCCAGAGCGCAAAAGGCUUGCAUCAAAUUACCUGAACAACCCCCUCUUCCUAUCAGCCAGAGACUCUGAGGAUCUGUGUUGGAAGGAGGAGCUGGAGCAUGAUGACCACUGUGCUGUGUGCAAAGAGGAAGGAAACCUUCAGCAGUGCCAUAGCUGCACUCGUGCUUACCACCUGGACUGCUUACACCCUCCAGUCAAAUCCCCACCCAAGGGCAUGUGGAUGUGCCCUAAGUGCCAGAAGAAGGUUCUAAAUAAAGAAAACUUGUCUUGGCCACACAAUUUUGUCCAGUCUUAUGUUACACACAAAACAGUGAGAGAGGAGGAGAAGAGAAGACUGAUGAGAAGGAAUAAUGAGCUGAAGAAAGAGUGCACACACCUGAAAGAAGAAGACCAGAGACUCAACAAAUCACUCUUGAAAUGCAGAGACGUGAAGGAACGUCUGCUGAGUCAGCAAAGAGAGACUCAGGCGUCUCUGGAGCGUCUGCGAGCCCUAAUCCGCCUCAUCCAGCGUGAUCACAUGAUCCAGGUCACCAUGACAGCCACCACCACCACUUCAGGAGGAGCAGCGUUGCUCUCUCUGCCCUGGAUCAAACCAAGCUCCACCAGCAGCACGAGCAGCUCCACAGCACCCCCUGCAGGGCCCUCCACACUGCUGCACAAGAGUGUGCUGCAUUCCCAGGGCAACAACUGAGUCCAUCACAGGCAAAAAAACAAAACAAAACAACAAAAAGAACACUUUAUACAUAACAUUUGUGCUUUUCUUUUUACCACACAGCUCUUCCUGAGCUUAAUGAAAUAUACUCACAAUCGAAGCCGGAGAUUGAAAUCUGGCCAAUGUGGGUUCCCCCUAAGAGCUGUAUUGUCUUAAGGAAAAAAGAUAUCAAAAAAUAUAAAGGAAAAAAAAAAAAAUCAAUACUAAUUACAGUAUAUUCUUAAGUCAAUUCAUGAGUAUUUUUUAAACCCAACACCUACAGUGCUUAAGAGAUUUUUUUUGUUUUUGUUUUUAUACUUGUUUUCAAUUUACUAAAUGUUCUUGGCCUUAAUGUAUUUAUGACAAAUGAGCAGAUAACCUUGCCGUCAUGAAUACGGAAAAUGAAGUAUUUUAUGCGGCUAAAGCCUUUCUUUUUAAAUUACAAUUUUCUUUUUUUAAAGGGGCGGGAGGGGAUACUUGUUCAACAUAUAGUGAAAGAGAACUUUAGAGUAGCGGUAGUUAAACAAGACUUAAGAGACAGAGAGAACUGUACAGUGAUCUAUCCGAGUAGGAAAAGAAAUUAUUCUCAUUCUCCUAAGAACAACAUUUGCCAUAAUAAUUCAGGUGAACAGGAGACGGGAGAGAGGUUUUCGUUGUGUAUGUACUUGAGAGCAUACGAGCCUUCAAACAAACAAAAACAAAACAAAAACAAAACAAAAAAAAGAGAGAACUUUUUUCAGUAUUAAUAGAGUUGAGAUAAAGGAACAAAGUAUUUAAGAUGACUACAAAAUUUAGCAUUUUUAGUGGAGAAUUUAGUAUUUUCAUGCGGAUGCCUGUUCAUAAUUGUGAAUUGAAGUAUUGGAGAGAGGGGAUUGUUGUACAUAUGUUGUAUUGUUAUAACAGGUCUUUCAGAUUUUUUUUUUUCCCUUCUGUAUUGUUACUCCAAACAGAGCUUCAUCAAUGAUGUGUCUUUCUGUUGUACUGACAGCAAAUGUUGACAUUAGGAAGGGCCAUUCAAGUUCCAACGAGUGUGUGCAAAUGUCGUCAUAGCCGUUCUUUUCUUUCUCCAGUAUAUAAGAUAUGCCAAAAAAAACCCACCUUACAUUUUAAAGCUGGGAGAGUUCCCAUCUUUCACCAUUGUAUUUAUUAUCUGUAUUGUUUGUAUUCCUAGUUUUUGCUUUAAUGAUGCCUUAUUUCCUAAUCGCCACACUGACAUUAUGUACAAUUUCACAUAUUAUUGCAAGGACACAUCUGGCUGGUAUUGUGUCUGUUUUGGUUAUUUAAUUUUCUUGGUUAUUUAACCUGUGAGAUGAUCUAAAUGAACACUGCCUCAAGAACAAGAUUAGAUUACGCCAAGGUUUAUUAAAUACAUCACAGUCAAAUGAGAAAACUUACCUGGAAUGUUUUUUUUUUUUUUUCUUUUUUUUUUUUAAAGAAAGGACAAUUUUUGUGCGUCACCUUUGCUAGUUUGUCUUCCUGUUCUUCUAAAGGAUUUCUCAAGGUGCGCAGUUGACCUGGCCUGUGAGGCAGGGCUGCUUCUCAACCAACUGCAGAAGAAAAGCUGAUCUGCCUUUUCUUCUUAUGUCUUUAGCUACUUAUCAGCGUUCAAACCCAAGUCAGCAGGGUCUGAGCCUGAUCACGGUCCAGUGAAGCAGAGGACUUUGUUUCCAGAAAUAAAACAGUGCAGGUCACUUUGGGUCUCGAACUGCGUUCAGCUCUGCUGGAAUCACCCUGAUCAAAGAUUGCGAAAUAACCAUAGCAGAUUUUAAAAAGACAAACAACUCGACACGAAAUAUCCGAUAUCAUCGAAUUAUCAUGACACAAGGGCUUCACAGGUAUGGGAUUUAUAGAUGUGGAAAUAUUAUUUAAGUGCAUAUCAUAGAUUACUCACAUGGUCUGUAAAUUAUUGUACAUUUCUCAAAUCGAGUCGGACCCAUGUGCACCAUCCAGAGUCAAAUGUAAGAAAUUCCAUGCAUAUCACCCACUGGCCCAUUACAACACCCACGCCACAAAGAUAUCUCCGACCUUAAGGGAUUAGCUCACAGGAAACUGCAAACGCUACAGUAUAGAUUCAAAUCAAACCACGAUGCAAACAGGAAAGUUUUUUUUUGUUUGUUUUUUUUUUUUUUUUUU